AUUGAAUGUCAAGUGUCAGAAUCCAAGGGGGGCGUACACACAUACAUCGUUGGAUGAAGGGUCACGACAACUUUCAAGAAUUGAUUCAACAUGACUGUAGCACAAUCUCGUAAAAGUGGACUUCAAUGGCCUAUUGCCAUCUGUCUUCUUUUACCCUUAGUCUUGACUGGUUGCGGCGGAAGUGAAUUAAGUUGUAUCCCUCACGAUGUUCUAGUCCAUAUUGGUGGCGAAACGGAUGUAGUCUUGUCUCUCAGCGGUUUUAAUGAUUCCGUGGAGAUCUACCCUCUGUACGAACCUGCCAGUGCAGCAGAGAAGAUAACCAAUCUGGGAAAUCUGACUCUUUAUGGAAAUCCAGAUGGACUGAAUCUUAGUUUGACAAUUCAUGCUGUUCAUGGCGGUCAUGUCACUGUAUACUUUAAUGCUACAACCUCAGCCAUAAAUGAUGACGCGGCAUAUGUCAGAGUGACCAUUAUUCAUUCUGAUGAAGUUUUCUUUGUAUGCAUUGCUGUUGGGUGGAUCUACUUUGUCGCCUGGUCUGUUUCAUUUUAUCCCCAAAUCUAUGAAAACUUUAAGAGAAAAUGUGUUGUGGGUUUAAACUUGGAUUAUGUUGUCCUCAAUGUCCUUGGCCAUUUUGUGUAUGGAAUGUUUAAUUUGGGUCUCUAUUGGAUACCGAGCGUUCAGCUCCAAUAUUACGAAAUCCAUCCAAUGGGCGUUAUCCCGGUCCAGACAAAUGACGUCGUAUUUUCAGUGCACGCUACCGUUUUCUCUAUUCUAACUGCCAUACAGUGUAUAAUCUAUGAGAGAGGAGACCAAAAAGUAUCGCCCUACACUUGGGCGUUUAUCGGUGCCUCAUCCGGCUUCAUUUUCUUUAGCACUAUAGCUGCAAUCACUUACAGUAUUACCUAUCUGUCUCUCCUCUACUAUUGCUCCUACGUCAAGCUGUUAGUAACUCUAAUCAAAUACAUCCCUCAGGCUCACCUGAACUACAAACGACAAAGCACCGUGGGAUAUUCGAUUGGCGGAGUGCUACUUGACAUUACCGGGGGAUUGUUGAGCGUCCUCCAAAUGUUUCUAUUGGCAUAUAAUAACGAUGACUGGGAUUCCUUGUUUGGUGAUCCUACCAAAUUCGGACUGGGUCUAUUCUCUGUCAUGUUCGAUUUGCUCUUCAUCGUCCAACACUACGUUCUCUAUCGGAACAACGACCCAUCUCCGGUUUAUCUUCCGAUCAAUCGUGACGAUUAUCUGCCAAUUGACGACGAUCGUAGCACCCCAUCUAUCAUGGCAUAAUGGGUACAUUUCCCCCUUUUUUUAAUAUUCUAGUUUAAUAUUGCCACUCGAUUUCCAUUCUCAAUAUUCUCUCUGUUAAGAUCUCGGUGUCUAAUUGAUUAUUGCCGUAUAAACUAUAGAACCGUCUCAUUGGAAAUAUAUAUCUCUUAGCGAGUCCUCAACUGGAAGACAAGCGCUUCUUUUUAAACAA